AUAAAAAAGCUCUCAUGUAGAGAGAAUUUUUUCAUAGUAUUUUCAAAAUAAAAAAAGUUUCGAAAAGGCAUUUAUAUUCACUUUCUUCCCAAUUGUCAACUGCAAGAGAAGGAGAGAGACAACAAAGAAAGCGUGCGUCCAUGAUCUUCCUCAAACUCCAUUAAUAUUAUUCAAUUCUCACACCAGACGCUAUCUUAUUUCCCCAAAUUUAUCAUUCAUAGAAUACUUCCAUGUCGCCGCUUCAGGCAAUUCUUCCCUUUCUACUUUCUUUCAUUUAAUUCCAGUUGUUUCUUCAAAUCUGUAACUCCUCACUGUUUUUCUUUCUUCUCUCAGGAUUUCUUCCCUUUGCUUUUUCUACACAUAAUCAAAGAAAACGUUCCCUUUUCACCAGUUUGAGGGAAUUCUUCAAUUCUGUCAGUCAGCAACUACUUCAUGAUAGCUUCCUGUUCCAAGUACCAAAAUUGAUACUUUCUUCCUUUUGGAUCAAAAAAGGGAUUCCUUUCAAGCAAUCUUUCAAUAUCAAUGUCAACCAGUAGUUGCAGUGGGUCGCCGGAAUUAGAAGCAUGCCGGGAUGAGAAAACUGCUCUGAUUCUCAAAAUCGUGGCCAUUGCUUCCAUCUUUCUCGCCGGAACCCUAGGGUCCGCCGUUCCACUAGUUGGCAAGAACUGGCGACUUCUCAAAACGGACUCCAGUUUCUUCUUUGCCAUUAAAGCCUUUGCAGCUGGUGUCAUCCUUGCUACAGGAUUCGUCCACAUGCUACCAGAUGCCAUGUCAGCAUUAUCUAACCCUUGUCUCCCUGAAAUCCCUUGGUCAACUUUCCCUUUUGCUGGUUUCAUUGCAAUGAUGGCUGCUUUGACCACACUGCUUGCUGACUUCAUAACCACUCAAUAUUAUGAGAGCAAACACAAGAAUAAGCAGAUUAAAACUAGUAAAAUUGAGCCGGAUGACUUGGCUUUUGCAUCCGUGGUCGUUCCGUUGGUGGUGAAAGAUGACGGUGCUGACGAGGAUGGGGGUGGGAUUCAAAUCGCGAGUGUGGAUGGUCAAUAUGGUCAAAUGCACGACCACUCGGAGAGCCACUCACACUCUCAUGGUUUUGGUGAUGAUACCGACAGCGUUGCAAGACAUGUUGUCGUUUCUCAGGUACUAGAACUUGGAAUAGUGUCACAUUCGAUCAUCAUUGGUCUAUCGCUAGGGGUUUCACAAAGUCCAUGUACGAUUAGACCAUUGCUCGGGGCACUAUCUUUUCAUCAGUUUUUUGAAGGGUUUGCAUUGUCUGGUUGCAUCUCAGAGGCAAGAUUCGGGAUGCUUCGAUCCACAGUGAUGGCGUUUUUUUUUGCGAUAACGACACCUUUAAGUGUCGGGAUAGGGAUAGGGAUCUCUUCAUUUUAUAAUCCUAAUAGCCCUAAAGCUCUGGUUAUUGAAGGUAUUUUGGACUCUAUUUCUGCUGGGAUUUUAGUUUAUAUGGCUUUAGUGGAUUUGAUUGCUGCUGAGUUUUUGAGCAAGAGGAUGGGAAGCAAAUUAGGGGAUCAAAUGGUGUCUUUUAUUGCGCUUUUUCUUGGGGCUGGAUUAAUGGCUUCUCUUGCAACUUGGACUUAAGAAAAGAUAUGGCCUGCCCUUUUGUGUAAUUAAUAUUUAAUUUCAUCUCAUCUAUUGAUUAUUGUCCAAUGAAUUGCUAUAAGUUAUAGUAGAUGUAACAAAGAUUUCAUCUUACUUGA